AGGUCCUAUUUUAGAUUUUUUUGUCCGACCCUUUUUUACUCACCCCAAUUCUUUCCAUUUUUUACCCUUUCGCUCAUUUUGAUUUUCGUUUUUCCGGAUACCGUUCAGAAAGAGUUUUUACUUUAACCCUGCGCUUCGCCUUCAACGCCACACUUUAUCGGAAAUUCUCCUAGUCGUGACUCCUCUGAGUAUUCCCCAACUUCCACACGACGCAAUAACAAACCGGAUAUCCUUCAACCACGUUUUUUUCAGCGCAGAAAAAAAUAAGCACGAGUAUGACCAAGAACAAGAAGGAUCACAAGCAGAGUAGCUCCCAAGCAGAGUAGCUCCCCUGGUGCUCCUACGACGUAACGUAUACGUAAUGAGUCUAAGUAAUAAAUCUCCCUAUACCUGCUGAUCUACCCCAGUUUAUUUUUCCGGAAAGAUGUCGACUUCCAUGGAUAAUUCAGAUCGCCCAGCCCCACCCUCCGCUGACGAGGUGCCGGGACACGACCAGGAGCUGCCAAACAGCCGAGUAACGUCUACCUCAAGCCAGCAGACUACACCCGCGCCGCGGCGUUCUUUCGAAGGAACCCCCGAUCUGAUUAUCCUCAAGCGGGUUCCGUUGACGAACGAGCGGGAGAUUCUUUAUGGUUACGUGACCGAAGAUGGCACGGAGAAGGUGUUCGAGGACCUGGCGCGCCGCGUGGUCGCGGCCUACGACAACCCCACGUUUGCCACCGACGAGAACCACCGGCGCGAGCUGAUCCGGAGUUGGAUCCCCAACCACCAGACCAGCCGGCAGUACCACUUCAAAACCGUGGAAACCGAUGACCACGUGGUCGGGCCAACCAUGGGCGUGGUCUGGGAGCAGAUAUGGAUUGCAAAAAUGUCUGGGUCUGGAAGAUUGCAACUUGUCAUGCUAAUUCCGAACGAUGCAAAAAUCUGUGUUGCAUGAGUGCCAAAAGCCGUCCACUUUCGACCAAUUUGGGAGGCAGUUUCUCAUGCAGGAUAGGCAUGAUAGAACUCUCAGAGAAUCUGUCAUGCUAUAUCCUACAUACCAGACCUCAUGGGUCACGGAAAACCUGCAUGACAAGUCUGGCAUUCUUCCAGACCCAGACACUUUUACAUUUGAUAGCAGAUGGCGGCGACCAACCAGCAGCGGGCCUGCUUCGUCCGGGGCACCGACUUCGGCCAGCCGUCGCACUUCAUCCCGGACUAUCAAAUGCAAAAAUGUCUGGGUCUGGAAGGAUGCGAACUUGUGAUGCGGAUUCUGGAACAGGCAAAAAUCUGUAUUGCGUAGUCAGCAAAAGGCACUCGAAUUUUGUCUCCAGAAGAGGGCAUUUGUCAUGCGGAAUAGGCAUGGAGAAGCCUCCACAGAGUUUGUCAUGCUGGGUGUGCAUUGCAGACCUUUUUGUGGAUGUAGAAAAUGCAUGAGAAAUGCCUGAUUUCUUCCAGACCCAGACAUUUUUGCAUUUGAUACGGACGCGGACUUUCAAUUCGUGUACGCAGAGUCCCUCCAGCUGCGGCUGGAAAAGGCUGCGCGGGAGCGCCGGAAGCUGCGUCUUGUGGACGAGAGGAAUUCAUCGUUCUCGCAUAGUACAUUUAUUUCAUCGUCAUCAUCAUCAACUGCCGCGAACAAGGAGUAUCCCGAAACCAUGUUCACGAAUUUAGCCGACACCCUCGAGGGCGGCUUUUCGGCGCUGGAUUGCGUGCUGCCGACGGUGGACGGUGGCAUUCUGCUGCAGGUGCUGUUUGACGUCUUCGCCGGGUGUGAGAGUCGGCAGAGGUUUGCCGCGAAGUACAGAAGCGCAGAGGGCGCUGGUGCUCGUCCUGGAGAUAAUUUUUCAAUUUCACUAUCCGAAAGCCAAAGCAGUUUACUCGCCAGGCACAAGCUCAACAGCGACAUGUACAUGGGCGGAAGUUGUGCACCAGCUUCCCCCACUGAACCUGCGUCUUCUAAUAUUUCAUACGAGAAGCUCCCCGAAAAAAAGAAGUUCGAACUGAGGAUGGAAUUGCUCCUGCACGAAUUUAUUACGGUGCAGCAGGAGCUCCUGAAAGCGCAGCUUCCUUUUCCGGAGGUCAGUGCAGAACCUCAUGGCUCGAGCUCAACAUCAUCUUCGCAACCUCCGGAUACCGUGGUGAAGAACGGGCCUGCCCAGCAAGAACCAGCUGGAGCUUCAUCUCAUCAACACACCAUGAACGAGGUGGGCCUACAGGCGUUGCUGCGAGAAAGGAUGAGGAAUCGGUUCCUGUAUUUCGUGAACGUGUGGAAUAUAGAAACGAUCGACCGACGCCUGUUUCUGACAAAAAUGGAGGAACUCGACCAGGGAGCCGCCGACGCCUUUUCGCACGAGGAAAAGAAAAGAAUCUUCAGUCAGUUGCUAGCCGAAUGCAAAAGCGUCGGACCGGAAAGAAAAAUCCUUUUGAAACAAAUGCUAAAACGAGAACUGAAGGCAUGCGAGGACGCGAUCGAAGAAAAACACCCACGCCAUACUGAAAGGAACCGAAAGGUAUACCAGCAGCACCUUCUAGAUUUCGAUAAAGUUGAUGGCGGUGCGCUGAGAAAAUUUUUGGGUUGCGGUGCAUCAAGCGCCCCGCAAAAAAGCAGAUUCCAGUCCAUGCGGGGGCAAGAUGCCGAGUUACUACAUUUGUUGCAGAACGGCAUCGACAAUCCAGCGGGACGAGACGCAGAUGAAAAUCCCACAGGCGCUACUACUAACGGAGCAACCACAAUGCAGCCAAUAUGAAAUGCAAAAGUAUCGUAUUCGUAUAAAUGCAUUUCAAAUUAUUUCCUCAGCAUGAGAAAUGAAAUUUGUAAUGCGGAUUUGCUUUCAGAAAAAAAUUUGUAAUGCAUGAUCGCAAUACGAGUACGAUACUUGUGCACAGGAUAGCCAAGCACGCUUUCCAAUACGGCCGCGGACUGGCUGGUUCCGGGUCGGCAGUGGCGCGGCGAAAUCCACAUGCCCGGUCAGUUAUCAAAUGCAAAAAUCUCUGGGUCUGGAAACUUGUAAUGCUGUGUUGGGAAUAGUGAAUGCUCUGCAAUGCACAGCCAAGCAUGAGAAGUAAUUUUUGCUUCUUUGUGUUGCGUUUUUCGCAUGAGAAACUGCGUUUUUGCAUGACAGGAAAAAGGGUCUCUUCUUGGACACGCAUCACAAACCUUUCUGUCAUGCCAGACAAGCAUGACAAAUCUCGCAAUCUUCCAGACCCAAACACUUUUACAUUUGAUAUCAGUACGGUCAGCAGCAGGCGAUGCGGCAUGCGCACGACUACUUCUUCAGCGUACAGGAUUUUCCGUUCUACACUAGUCACGAACGGGGAAAUUUCUACGCGAUCCACGCCGACGAGAACGAUUGCCAGUUUGUCCGGGUGUACGUCGGCAAGGAAAACAUUCCGAGAAAGUUACUCGAAAUUUUCGAAAACAACGAAGAACACGAGGAGAAGAAGAAAAAGAAGAAUCAAGCAAACAGUCCUGGUGCCGGAGGUGAAAAUAAAACCGCAAGCCAUGAUCCUGCCACACAACUUCCUGAAGCAGGGUCUUCUUCUACUUCGGCCUCGUCAUCCGCUGAACUGAACACAACAGCUUCUAGCAAAGAUUUGGUUGAGAAUAGUUCGAGCAGCUUCAACAGCUUCAUUGAAGCUGCUCGAACUAUUAUCAACGGCGGCGCAACAACUGUUCGAAACCAGGGCAACAAAAUCAAGGUUGUGUACCACGACCGGGAGACCUACUGCUUCGGCUACCUCGAUCUGAACACGGGCCGGAUCGAGGGGGACGUGCGGCAGCUGCAGAGCAACAACUUUGAUUCCCUACUGUGGGAGCGCAGCGAGAACACCAAAUCUUACUUUUUCUGCGAGCCGCUCCCCACUCCGGGCCGGCCGCUGUUGGUGCUCCGAAACCGGGUCGUGACGAAAAUUCUCGACACCUGGAUGCGCGGGCACGCGGGCGUGGCGGAUACCGCUUUGCAAGACGGCGCAAUCGUGAAGACGAUCUUGAAGAACGCAGCGCAGAGCCCCGCUCUAGAAGACGUCCCGUACCUGAUGUAUGAUGGGGAAGACGGGCGCACUGUGUUGCAACAGGGGCCGCCGUGUCUCGGCGACCUGCCCGGGCUCGCAGAGUCGGCGCGCAAACAUGAAGAAAAUGGGGGUGACAAAAAUACUGUCGGUCCACCAUCCUACCUGCUCGCGCACCUCCACUACUUCUGGCAAGAUUGCUGGAAAAUGCAGGGCACCACCCGGAAGCAGGCCGGCGCGCCACGCGAAGAUCUUCGCAAGGUCUUGCAGACUUCCUUGCUGCCGGCUGAACGGGAGUCGAUCGAACGGGACAACCUGCAUUUUCUCGCGAAAGCCGUGAUCCCACACAGCCUCCGCGGGACGCUCAGAGACGACGUUGCGGUCGGCUUCUCGAACAUGCAAAUCGUUUACACGAAAGCGGAUGGUACCGGGAGCCGCAUGGAAGCGGCCGUCGCAACGUUCCAGCACAGGCUGGACAGUUCCGUUUACUGCGAACCCGUGGGAAUAACCAAUUUCCAUUCUGUCUGUCCGGAGUUUCCCCAUAACUUGAAGCGCCUUGUCCCUUGGGGUACAGCUUUUCAAAUUACUUAAUACAUGCUUUCCACCGUCAGGUGAAUGUCACAAGCAGAAGCUUUUUUGACAAUGAAUGUUGUUCAUGUCCCAAUUGCAAAUUGAUAAUUUGACGUUUGAGUUUGUAUGUCUGCGCACAAUCGUACGCCGAGUGACCAGUGAUAUUUCGUGAACAGGAUCAUGAAAUAGAGCAAAAAUCAAUAUACCAAGAAAAAAUCAAAAAACCAGGCCUCGUCCAUGCGCUGGCCAUCCAGCAGGUUCGGGCCCUGCAGUGCGAGUUCUGCCAGGAGAUGAGUCAGCUUUCGAAGCUGCAGUUCGACAACGAGGAGGCAAAGCUGAACCUGUUUGACAUCACCAUGCAUCAAAGCAAUUCCGCGGAGCGGCGGCAGAUGGGCUUGCUCGAGGUCCUCCACGGUGCGCGCGAAGGCCGCACGGUCUGCUGGCAGACGGACCCGGAAGAUACCUACCAGCCGCAGCCCGUGGAAAAGUCGUUUGCCAUUUUGAAGCACGAUGGCCACCUGCGGUGGGACGCCGCCAAGAAUAGCGUCUUUCGGGCCAUCAAGAGCAAGGUGGAUUUGGUGCAAAAAAACAUGGAGUCCCUGGUUUCCACCGAUUCAGACCACAGCGCUGAGAGCAAGAACACGGAAGGAGCGCCUCAAGCUACAGAAACUCCCCAGCACCACUGGCGAAUCGUCGCCGAGUCCUGCGUGCCCCUCCUCGGCCAACAAUGUGCGGAUGGCUACAAGCUUACCCCCGAGGGCGGGGUGGUGUACGGGCCUCCUGUGCACCCUCGAAGAGAGCUGUGUCGGUCGGUCCAACGGCAAGACAGUUCGCAAAACAAGAAGCGCAUUGAAACCUUACCGCUCGCGGAGCUUUUCGAACGUCGGACCUUGGACUUCGUGCCAUACUUCGCAGCCGCGGAGUCUAAAAACAAGCCGCAGUGGCUGCUACCUUCGGACUUGAAAAGAUUGCUGCGAAAGGCGGAGGACAGAACUCGUGGCAUAGUCACUGCAACGAACAGGACGGGUCUGAUAGAGCUUUCAGACGAGGAAGUUGUGGUCGAAGACUCCGAUAGUUCUGCUGAAGACGAGACCGAAAAUAACGCUCUUCUUGCGGACACCGACUCUGGUCCAUUGUCCGAUGACCUCGAGAACACGGGGGUGAAACAAAUAGAAUCGUCCAUAAAGGAGCUGGAAAGAGACAACCAAAGCGCUUCCGACGCUGCAAUAACGUCCCGAAGAUUUUCAACACCUACGGGAGAUGAAGAAGGGCAGAUCCAUAGCAGCUCGUCGUCUUCGAGCGCUGGGCAGACAAGAGGUGCAGCUCUUCUGCAACAAAGCGGAAGACUAGAGAAUGCUGACGAACCAUCUGCUGAUCGAAACGCGGACACAACAAAGGACGUCGCGCAGCAAGGCCACUCACUUACCGCUGCCGGCGAGAGGCUCCGACAGUGGAUCUUGAGCAUCCUGCCGAUGUCGGUUCAGUACCGACUGAGCAUUUUGGAAAAGCGGAUUCGUGGGACUGCGACAUGGGCGAACACACAUGUUCUUAGCGCGACCGGCAUUGAUAUCCUGCGUAAAAACGUCCCCACCCCAUACGUCAAGAUGGGGAUUUUGCAACACAAACCUUGAGGUUUUGGGAGCCACGCAUGACAAGUUCCUCUCUGUAGUGUAGUGCAGUUUGGCAAGUACAGCCGCAAGACAAGUCCAUCUACAUAUCCUGCUUACAGCAUCACAAAGUUCAAAACACGAUUGGAAAUGGCUCUCAUGGGGUUGCGCAUUACAAAUCUUCCUGUAACUGCAAAUCUGCAUGACAAGUAUAGGGUGGGGACGUUUUUCUUCAGGAUAAUUGAUGUUGUUGGCGUUUACGCCGGCUGGAUGGACACUGUUCCAGUGGUAGUUGCAGGUCUUUACACCGCUAUACGAGAAGGGUUACUCGGUCGCAAGAGCCAUGGUGCACCGCUUCUAGCAUCUCAAUUCGGUACAACUCCCGGCACGAGCUCGCCUUCUGCCGCUGCGGAAAUAAAAAAGCAAGAACUCGACGUAGCCUCUACUCCCGAGACAACUAGUAGCUCUGCUUCGCACAGUACUCCCAGCAUCCCCGCACUGGCAUCUUCAACACCGAGGAAGCCCGACACCGCUGAGGUUCGCAAAGCUGACGCAGAGGACAACACUAUCGAUCUGACUGGAAAACAAGAAAUGCAACAGCGAGACUUCAAUGGAACCAAACUCAAGAGAAAGCCCCCUUCCCUCACUCCUGCGCAGAAGAGAGGCCGCGCCCGCGGGUAUGACUUGAGCGACGCGUACACGCACGCGGGUGCCGAUUCCGACCUGAUGCGGUGCUCUGUGGUGACCCCCCUCCCAGACAAAGAGAAGCUCGGAAUCACCGUUCAGUACCAGCAGAAGGCCCAGCAACACAUGGACUGUUUCAGUAACGAGUUCCAUCGGACGGCUGCCGUCUUUCAGGACUGGGAGCGGGCGAUCAAAGCGUGCGCCAAACGUGUGCCCGUGGGAGUGUUGCAGAAGUGGAGGGUGACAGCUGCGGACUUCCCGGACGGGGUGGAAGAUGACCUUUGCGUCAUCUGCAUGGGCAAGAUGGAGGUUUCUGGUGUGAUACAUCCAACUACAGCGACUUCAGCCGAAGAACAGCGGAAACUCGACGACGCAAAUGCCGUGAUCAGACUGCCGAGGUGUAAGCACAUGCUGCAUCUCGCGUGUGCGCAGACCUGGUUAAACGAGCACUCACACUGUCCAACGUGUCGAACGGAGGUCAUGGAAGAAGAAAUAUCUUCAGGCCCUCCUCCCAGACCAGCGGGCGAACCAGCAGUAUGAGAACGGCAAACGAAAGACUACGACUAGAUCAUCAAGCAGUAUUUCUGGAUUUCCAUAUAUCGAAAGUGUCUCUCUCACAUGUAGUAGGGGUAAACAUGAAGUAUGUAGGGAUUACAAUGAAAGUGAAACUGGUUCUCCGUGCCAGAAGCUUGAGCUUCCUAUAGUAGGGAACGACUAAGUUAUGAUGCGGCUUUCUCCAUCAAAUGGUGCCAGCAAGGCUUGUUGGUCUCGCAGAUGACUUAAU